GGAGCGGCACGGAGCCGCCUCCCUCCCUGCUCUCACCGCCCUCUCCUGCCGCAGAGAGCAGCGAGGCGGCAGGAAGUUGGAGACGGGGUAGUUUCGCUCCGCGCUGCUCCGGCCGCGGCUGGGCUGGGCGGCUUUUCUGCACCCGCGGAGCCUGCCAUGGGGACGUAGCGGGCUGCGGAGCCAUGCCCGGCCCGGCGCUGCCCCGUGGCUCGCUGGGGACGGUGAUCCUAACAUUUGUUUGUGUGUUGACUGAGGAAUCUCUAGAAAUUGCUCCAGUGCCAUAUACACUGCAAGCCCAUCAGGUAGCUUUGGAUGGAAGAGACCCCUUUAACCCCUUGAGGAGAGAAAAGAGGCAGGUGCAGUGUCCACUAGGACAAUAUUUACAUCCCAAAGAGACCCACUGCUGCAUGAGGUGCCAUGCAGGUACCUACAAGUCAAAAGACUGUGAACGGCCUGACCAGGCACCUGUUUGUCUUCCGUGUGCUAAUGGCACCUUCACAGCAGUGGAUAACACCAUGUCUAAAUGUUUCCAGUGUACGCAGUGCCGUUCAGAUUUCCAGCAGAUAGUAGAGACACCAUGCACCCCAAAGCAAGAUACUGUAUGUGGCUGUCGGAAGAAUCAGUAUCAGACUGGUCUGCCUGAUCUCUUCCUGUGUAGGAACUGCAGCACGUGUGUCAAUGGGAUUAUUGCCAACUGUUCAAAAAACAAAGACACAAUUUGCAGGUGUAAGCCUGGAUUCUUCCUGACACUUAGUAACAUUUGCAAGCCUUGCAACAGCUGCCUUGAAGAAGAAUGCCUACAAUGUCAUAGCCCAGUGACUACCUCACCAACUCCAUCUGGGCUGCAUGGCAGCCUCGUCCUUGGCAUCAUCGUUGCAAUAUUUGUAGUUAUCUCUGUCCUCUACAUUGUAAAUAAAGUGGUGAAGCUGGUCCAGAAAAAUGGGAUAGUCUCUUCUUUCUACUCCUGUGUUUCUUUGCCACAGACGAGCAAGGAGCCUGCAUCUGAGGUUGAGGUAAAAAGGAAUGUGACUUCCAUCCUUCUUCCUGAGUCCCAGAAGGAAACAGUUUUGUUAGUGAAUGCAACACCACCAUCAGCGCCAAUGCCACAAAGUUCACACGAGCUGCCAGACUGUGUCAGACCUGCCAGGAAGACGCAGCUUCCAGACAACCCAGCUAUUCUCUACACUGUGGUGGAUCACGUGCCACCAUCUCGGUGGAAAGAGUUUGUGAGGCGUCUGGGGCUGAGUGACUGUGAUCUAGAGCGAAUUGAGAUGGAGCAUCGGCGUAUACGGGAUGCCCAGUAUGAAAUGCUUAGACUGUGGAAACUGCAGAUGGGCCAUGCUGCAACUGUGGAACGUAUAAGCUGUGUCCUCAACCAGAUGGAGCUGAGUGGUUGCAGUGAAGCUAUUCAAGAGGCAUUGCCAAACCAGAACUCUCUUCAACCUUGCAGCCUCUACAGCCAUCCUUAAUCUACUUCUGCUUUAGUUCCCCUUGCUAUGACUGUUAAAAGAGGAUCAUAACUCCCUUCCUUUGAUUUCUUCCUUUUCCCAUACCUCCUUCUCUCUCUAAACCUUCUCAAAUGGGUUUGUUGGAGGCAGCAACAGAUAAUGCUAGAGGAAGGUUGAGGUUUGCUUGUCAACCAUCAUGUUGUUCAACACCUUUAAAACAGAGACCUCUACAACAACUCCUUUUCCAAAAGGGGAAAGCACCUCGUAAAGGAAGUGGUGUGUGGACUCUGACCAAGGUGCAAAGGGGAACUCGGAGUGCUAUGUGACUUCAUAGCUCAGCUACUCUAUGGACAAGUUGCUGCUGAAACAGGUGCCCCACCACCACCAUGUGGCAGGUUAACAGUAACAGUAGGGUGACUUGGUUGAGCUGGCUUUUCAAAUGAUAAAGUAUUCACUUUUUGCAGAUCUAUUUUUCUGCAAGAUCUGAUAAUUGAACUGGCUCACAUUGCAGCCCUUUGAUUGCUAAAUAUGACUCAAGGGAAGUGGUGGGAGGACAUGUCUAUUUCUGGGAGCAGGAGACGGUUGCCCCCUUUUCGUAUCAGCGAGUUACCAAAUUGGCUUUGCUGCAGGUCAGCCUGCACCUUCAGCCCUCGCACCAUGGCAGAAGAGUAAUGGAGAUUUGGAAGUGGUGCUCUGUGAGAAAUAGGAAGAUGUCCUUUCCACACUCCCCAUUUCCCUCAGGUUCAAGAGGAACAAGAAGCCAGUGAGUCAGUUGGGAGGGUUGGUGCUUUUUCUCAAGUUCUUUUCUGCACCUAGAAACCAUGUAAGAUAGCAUUAACAAAACACCUGCCUGUGUGUUUGUCCAAGUGCAGGAGUGGGAAAGAAUGCAUGUGUGUGUGUGAAUGAGAAGGUACCUAUGUACCUGGUAGCAUGAGACAUCUGGAAAUCUGUGCUUGCACGCAAGUCAGUAGGCUUGUCCACCUGCUUAUCUAUUUCUGAGUAAUGUGCUUAAACUGAUCUAACUGCAAAUGGGACUUUGUAUAUAUAAUUUUUUUUAGCAACUGUUGAAUAACUUCACACUACUUCCCAGACUCCAUCCUGCAAGUGCUACUUGGGUGUAAGAGACUUUAUAUACCAUCUCUGGGCUCACACCAUUGCUUUCUCACAGGUCUUACCCUGGAUGAAGCAGAAGCAGCAAAAAGCAGUUAGCCUGGGUCAGGUGCAGGUCAUCCACACACUUGUUAAUAUGGAUUUUUUUAGUCUCUUGUCUCUAGACUGGAGAGAAAUUUUCUGUUGUAAAUACACUAAGUGCUCUGAAAUAAAAUACUUAUUUUUAA